AUGGUCAUCUUCUCGACUGAUUUCAAUUCACUUAACUCAACAAUUGGUUUUGGGGCUUUCGAUCUAUUUCUGAUCAACGACGAUGGGACAGGAUUGGAGAGAGUUACGUAUGACGUGGGAAUGUUUGACGCUUUUCCGAUGAUGAACUAUGGAGGUACCAAACUUGUUUGGGGUAGCAGCAGAAAUGGUUCGAGCACUGAACUCAAUUUGUUCCUAGCUGACUGGUAUGAUCCAAGUCCAACAGAUAACACCGAUGCAUCGACGAACCCUACAACAACAAGCUCUGUGAUUAGUUCUACAACAGAAAGCCCAGUGCCAGGUUCUCCAACGGCGAGCUCUGCACCUGCUGGAGCAAUACCCUUUCCUAAUAAUUAUUCCCAA